GAACGGUAAAGUCACCCGCCAAUAAGUCGCAGAAGAAGAAGAAGAAGAAGACGAAUUUGUCGCCGCAGAAGAAGAAGAAGCGCUCAGUGGAGGAGGAAGAAAAGCGACCUGGAGGGAGAUUUGAUUUCUCUGUUCUUUGAAGCACAAUGGAGCCUGAUCCAGACAUCCAAACAGUACCGAAAGGUUUCCGCUGUAAAUUAUGCGAUGUUAAUAUCCCUAACGAGCCGAGUUUAGAAGCCCAUAUGAAGGGGAAGAAGCACCAGCACCUGUGCAGGCUGCGGGCGAAGCGGAAGGCUCAGGAGGAGAACAGCGUCUACGUCAGCGGCUUCAAGCCCGACACGUCCACCAGCGAGCUGGCGGAAUAUUUCCAGCAGUUCGGACCCGUGGCUGAGGUCAUCGUGGACAAGGAGCGGAGUCUGUAUGCCAUAGUGGAGUUUGCUGAGUCUGCGAGCACCGAGGCGACGUUGGCUCAGCUGCAGCACCGUCUGGAUGGACUGAAGCUCCGCGUGAAACCCAGAGAGAGGAAAGAGUUCAAGUUGGCCAGCAAGGAGAAACACGACCGCACGAAACCUCACAUCAGCCUGGAGAAGCUCAACCACGAGCUCUGCCUCACAUCUUCUGUAAACGAGCAGAUGCAGAAAAUGGUGGAGAUCUUCCAGCUGAGUGAGAACGACAGCAAAGCGAGGCAGCUCGUCGUCCAGCUCCUGCAGGAGGUCCUCGUCGAAUUCCUACCAGAUUGUCAGAUUGUACCUUUCGGCUCCUCAGUGAACACCUUCGGAAGCCACUCGUGUGACCUCGAUCUCGUCUUGGACCUGGAGAACACCAAAGCCUUCCAGAACCGCACCAGGAAGUCCGAGCAGCAGAUGGGCGAGAACCAGUCGGAGGACGGCCAAUCAGAAGACUCCAUCCUGUCCGACAUCGACCUGGCCACGGCCUCCCCGGCGGAGCUGCUGGAGCUGGUGGCGGCCAUUUUGAGGAAGUGCACGCCUGGAGUGCAUAAGGUGCAGACAGUGAGCAGCGCGCGCCUCCCUGUGGUCAAGUUCAGCCAUCGGCAGCUCAGUCUGCAGGGAGACAUCACCAUCAACAACAGGUUGGCGGUCCGAAACACGCGAUUCCUGCAGCUGUGCUCGGGGCUCGACUCCAGAGUGCGUCCUCUCGUUUAUUCCGUACGAUUCUGGGCCAAACAGAAACAAAUCGCAGGGAAUCCGUCUGGCGGUGGGCCGCUGCUGAAUAACUACGCGCUGACGCUGCUGGUCUUAUUCUACCUGCAGACCGUCAGUCCACCUGUCCUGCCUUCUGUGGAGCAGCUCAAGAACAUGGCGUGUGAGGAGGAGGAGUGUGUCAUUGACGGAUGGGACUGCACCUUCCCCAGUCAGCCGAUCAGCGUGCCUCCCAGUAAAAACACAGACGACCUGUGCACCUUACUUUUCGGUUUCUUCACCUACUACUCCAAGUUUGAUUUUCCUGGAUCGGUGGUGUCUCUGAGAGCCGGGCGCACUCUUCCUAUCACAGAGUUUCUGAGCAGAGAUGAUGAGACGCCUGAUACUGCAGAAAGCUCAGACGCCGCCAGACAGAAAACAACCGUACGCCCUAAACUUGGACCUGUAAACAUCCUGGACCCGUUUGAACUCCACCAUAACGUAGCUGGCAACAUUACUGAGCGUACACACAAGAAUCUUCGCAGGGAAUUCUGCGAAGCAGAGAAGUACUGCCGGAGUCUGCAGUACCAGCGCAAGUCGUCCAAGGGCAAGUCCUGGGGGCUUGUAAAGCUUUUCACGCCUCGUGUCGAGGGUGUAUCCAGCUCACAGGAUGCCAUAGAAAAAAUCCCGGAGAUCAUCAUCCCGUUCAGGGCAGCUAUUUUGACGCAGUCUUUUCGUACAGAGCUGAGUUCAGCAGCAGAGACAUUCCGGGUCGUUUGGUUCAAGAAGGUCUGCUCCAUCUUGGAGGUGGUGUUUAAUGACAUUCUCAAGUGUACACCUUCAGAUCAAGUUGAGAUCAGUCAAGAUCAAACCAAGGCAAAAGGCGAUACCGAAGAGGAGGAAGUAAACAAUAAUCAGAGUCUUGAUAGUUCCAGCCAUCAGCCCACAGCUCACGCUGGAAUAAAGAGACCCCUGUCCAUAGAGGAAGGUCCAUCCUCCUCUUCCUCACCCCAGGGAAAGAGGAUGAGACUGGAACCUUCAGCAGAUUAUCCAGAAGUGGCUCACUGGAACUGGACUCAGACACACCCGGUGUGGGCCGGCCGAAGGAAGAUCCGGAGAGUUUUACUAAAAACAAGCGAUGAGACCUCCAAGCCUGAAGGGGGCUGCAGCAGCAUUGAGAGCAGGGUGACGCAGUAUAUCAUAGAGAAUGACUCGAACCCCAAGGACAAACUGGAUUUCCAGCUGGAUGCCCUCGUGGUGGGCAGUGACGAGUGCACAAAGGCGGUGCUCAAGUUUAAAGAAACUAGUGAUCCUACGGGACAUUUUCAAGACUUCUUCCAUUUUCUCGAUUCGUUCCUGCCUAAGAUGGUGGAAACGCUGUUGGCUAAAUCUGAAUAAUUAUUUUUGUUCUUUGACUGUCCUUCCUGCACAUUUAUUUUAAGGUUGUAAAACGUAAACGUUUUGUGUUUGCUUCAGUGAUAGAAACGACAUUAAUAACUCCAUUUCUAUGCAGGCACAAUAAUUAACAACAAAUAUUUGCUAUAGUUUGGUUGACUUUUGGCCUUUUUUCCUUAUUUGUACUCAUCUAACGAUUUCUUGUGAUUAGUCAUUCAUUUCACUGUUUCUUCAGGUUUAAAAAAGAAACAAGUUGUGUUUUGGUUUAAAAUGGUUUGUAGUAUAGUUUGGUUUGUGCAUUGUAAAAAAAAAAAGAAGUUGUAAGUGCAGGUUAUUAAACAUGAAGCUACCAGUUUAUGGUCUUCAGCUUCUGCUUUAGACAUGUUCCAUUCAUGAAUGUUUCAGGUUUUUUUUUUUUUUUUUUUAAAACAAGUCACUGACUAUCAAAGACAUUUUUUUGUAGGUUAAUGUUCUAUCUGUCAGUAGUUUUUAAAUGUUGGACACAGUGAAUCUUUUUGAUCAAGAUCAAGAUUUGUACCUCUUUUGUUCAGUGGAUCAGUUUUUGACUCACUGAAUUCUUUUGUUUAAGACCAAGAUUCGCUCCACUCUUAUUCAGCAGAUCAGUGUUUGACUCGGUGAAUCGUUUCAGUUAUGGCCAAGAUUCGCUUCUCUCUCGUUCAUUCUGUCAGGGUUUUAGUCUGUGAAUCCUUUCCUUCAUGGCCGAGGUCUCAUGAUUCGGUGAAUCAUUUCAGUCAAGACUGAGAUUCACACCUUUCUCAUUCAACAGAUUGGUGAAUCCUUUCAGAUAAGGAUUCUCUCUCCUCUGUUUUUCUGUGGCUCAGUUUUUGACUUACUGAAUCCUUAUGAUCAUGGAUGAGAUUCAUCUGAGUCAAAUACUAACCCCCUGAACGAGAGAGGAGACAAUCCCUGUCAUGACCAAAAAGAUUCACUGAGUCAAACACUGAUCUGCUGAGCAGGAGAGGAGCGAAUCGCAGGCAUGACCGAAAGAAUUCACGGAGUCAAACACUCACUCGUUGAUAGAAAGAGGAGCGAAUCUCAGUCUCGACCUGAAGCAUUUGCUGAGUCAAAACGUGAUCUCCUGAACAUAAGAGGAGCGAAUCUCAGCCAUGACGAAAAGGAUUCACUGAGUCAAAUCGUGACACGCUGAGAGAGGAGCACCGUUUGGCCAUGACUGAAAAGAUUCACUGAGUCAGUCACUGAUCCGCUGAAUGAGAGAGGAGUGAAUCUCGGCCAUGAUUAAAAAGAAUUCGCUGAGUCCUGGCAGAGAUUCUCUCCUGUUGUGCUCAGAGGGUCAGUGUUUGGUGCAAGCAGGAGCUUUCCAGCUUUCCAGUUCAUGCAGUAGUAAUCUGUGUUGAUCUGGAUGUAGCACAUUUAUAAAAUAACACAAAAUAACAAUGAUUAUUAAUGGUUAUUUUACACUCCUUAAGCUGUUUGGUAUCUGCCUUAAACAGUGGCAUUAUAAUGGUGAAUGAAUCUGAAUGAAUCAUUUAAAUGAACUGACUCAAAUGAAAAGACUGAAAUGUUUUCUCUAUUCUGUAUUCAGAAUAUUUAAAACUGAAGUGCUUUAAGUGCACAUGGCAUUUUUAGCAGAGGCUACUUCCUUUCUUUCUUUUUUUUCCACUCAUAUUCUGUACAGAUAAUAGAACACUUUUCCAGUGUUUCUGCUGCGUCAGAUUUCCAAAGUUCAGACCUUCUGGUUAAGAAUCCUUAAUAGGGCGUUCAGGAUUCUUUGCCAAUUACUGGCGCUAGCUCGUGCCUUUACAGAACUCCUUCCCAGCAAGAUGGAGGAAAAGGUCAUACUCCACCCUCUCGAGAUGUACGAGUGUAAUUAUGGAUAAGGAUGUGCUGUUUUGUUACAGAUGUAGUGUGCUGGCGUUUGGAAACCAGCCCCCAGACAGACUCGCUGAUUAAGAUCACCUCGUUUCGUUCGAUCUGGGCUGACAUGAUGGCUCAGGACUGCAUUAGGAUGUAGAGAGAGAAACCAGGACUGGGUGUUUCCCAUCAUUGCUCUGGGGUUGGAGAGGAUACUCUGAUCAUUUCCAUAUGAUCUCAUUCUGGAGCUAGCUAUAAACAUACUCAACUUUAAUAAAGGGGAGGGGUUGAUAGAAGACAAAUUUAAUUGGAAUUGAACAGAUCUGGGGUUCUUCAAGGUGCAGUGUUAACCCUGUGUGGAGUACACUUAUGUCCGUAGUACCAUAUAUUCAACAGAAAGUUUUCCUGUAGUCUUGCUUUCACACUUUUCCGGUAACGUUUCUCAAUGCCAGCACGUAAAAAAAAGAGUGCAGACGCUUUUAAAAAUCACCGCUGCCAACGUUUUUUGGUCGUAGUAGCGGACUGAUAUCACAAAGCAGCUUUACAGAAAUACAUAAAUUCAGCAUAUAAAUUUUAAAUUUAGAAAUUUAUCCCUAAUGAUCAAGCCUGGGGCAACAUGGCAAGGAAAAACUCCCUGAGAAUACAUGAUGAAGAAAUGUUUUUGUUUUGUUUGGUCAUUUGUUUUGUUUAAAAAACAAAUCAGGUGGUGGCAAGCUAGAAAAACCAACAUGGAGGACAAAAGUGCUGGUGAAAAAGUCUUGAGCCUUGUUAGUGAGUGAAUACGAGGAGAUUUAUGUCAUGUCGAAUUCCAGAUAUUCAAACGUUGUAAUAAAAAUAAUUAAAAAUAAACAAUGUGUGGACGUUUGGGA